CCCAGUCGGCGUUCGGCGAGCCCCGCAGGGCUGCGCGUGACGCGUCCGGGCGCCCCCCGCCCAGCCUGGCCAGCCCUGCUCGGCUCUCGCCUCCUCCCCUCUCCCCCGCCGCGGCCCUUUCUGGCGCCUGGGGAGCAGGGGGCCCAGCCCCGACUGGCCAGCAGCCGAGUCCUCACCAACCCUCCAGAGCUUUGCCCCACCGCGGAGGAGAACGCUCGCAACGAACCUCCCAUGGACCAAACAAGUGUGGAAUUUCAACGAUCGGGAUGUUCCAGAUCUUGCUGAGCAAGCUGAAUUGCACGUUCUGAGAUCGCUGCCUUCUGGAGCUGUUGCCCGUGUCCCGCCCAGCAGCACCAUGGAUAGAUGAUCUUGGCCCCGCCCCGCCAUGCUGCAGUCGCGUGCCCGCUACUUAUUGCUCUUCUUGGGGGUGCAGCUGGUGGUCAUGGCCCUUCUGUACCGCGAGGGCUACCGCAAACGGGUGGCCUAUUUCCUGGGCAUCUUCUACAAGGGAGGCACGUCGACUAUGCUGGGCAGCCUGCACAACGCAUCGCUGCCAGGAGAUGUCUACGCCAACCUCAGCCUGAUUGCCCGACCCCCUCUGCCCCCAGAGGACCUUCCCUACUGCCCCGAGACGUCUCCUUUCCUCGGAGGCCCCAUUCGGGUGACCUUCCCUCCAGGGCUGUCGCUGGACGAUAUUGUGCGGAAGAAUCCUUACGUGAGCAAAGGCGGGCGCUACCGCCCCCCUGACUGUGACGCCACCCACAAAACUGCCAUCAUCAUCCCCCACCGCAACCGGGAGAAGCAUCUCAAGUACCUGCUCUAUUACCUGCAUCCCUUCCUGCAGCGCCAGCAGCUCAACUACGGCAUCUACAUCAUACAUCAGGCUGAGAACUACACUUUCAACCGGGCUAAGCUCUUGAACGUGGGCUUCAAAGAGGCUAUGAAAGAUGAGGACUGGGACUGCAUGUUCUUCCAUGACGUCGACCUCAUCCCUGAGGAUGACCGCAACCUGUAUACCUGUGAUCGAUUUCCUAAGCAUGUGGCAAUUGCCAUGGACAAGUUUGGCUACAAGCUUCCCUACAAGACCUACUUUGGGGGAGUUUCAGCGCUCAGUCCAGAGCAGUACAUGAAGAUGAAUGGCUUUCCCAACAACUACUGGGGCUGGGGCGGGGAAGAUGAUGACAUUGCAGUCCGGGUGGCCUUGAGUGGUAUGCUGAUUUCUCGUCCAUCUGUUCAGUACGGCCGAUACCGAAUGAUCAAGCACGGGCAUGACAAGGGCAACGAGCAGAAUCCGAAGAGAUUUAACUUGCUGGCCAAGACGCGGAGAACAUGGAAGCAAGACGGGAUGAACACGCUGGAGUACCAGCUGCUCUCCAAGGAACUCCACCCCCUCUACACCAACAUCACCGUCUUCAUUGGCACUGAGAAGGGGAUGCGCCACACGUGAUGGGACUUGCCACGGAGUGGCACAGGACAGUAGCCGCUGCCUCCCCGCCUCGCACUGCUCUCGGACAGAGGAAACCAAAGAAUCCAGUGGGCAGAGCCCUGAACAGCCUGUCUUUCAACAAAAAAUAUAUAUGCUGAACACAAGUGUCAGUGCUGGGGGUGCGGCAUUCCAGAGAACAGAUGGGAGCAUCAUACGAGACUAGCUCCGCUUCCCCCUCACCUUCCCCAUAAUUGCUCUUUUAAUCUUGGGGCUGGGGGCGGUGGGGACAUCUGAUUUCCUGGGGUUUGGCUUGCAGGAUGCCUUUUGUACCUUGGUUGAAAGAACAGCACGGUGGUUUUCGCGAGAGAAGCCAGAACUGUUUUUUUUUUCCUGGCUUGGACUCUCCAGCUGCCACACCAGAGAUUGUCUUUCUUAUUAAAGUGCAAUUUAUUUUAAAA